UGAACAUGGUUGUUCUCUGUGCUUUUAUUUUGAAAGGAACUAAGCGGAUGUUGUUAGCCGGGUGUUUAGCCGUAUAUUUGUCUGACUUUAGCUUGUUAGAACAAGCUUGUCUGACACUUCCCCGCAUUCCUCGUACUCAAACGGUCUCGGCCUCAGUUCGGGGGUCGGUUAAGGCAUCCAGUUUCUUUUAUCAGCCAAAAACAAGCCUACGAACCUCCGAAGGCGAACCGAACCGGACUCCCUGUGACCCUCACACCUCGCUUCCUUCGCUGUGUGCGGCUUCAGUUGAAAGCAGGGAACCUGGUUAAUUUAACGCUUUACAAGACUUGUUCUCCAACAGCUCCCGUUGGGAAGACUGAGAUUUUCAUCCUCCGGAAAGUGACGCUGUUCGUGGCGUAACGCCACGGGGAGUCUCGGUAACCAGCAGGGGUGCCCGGGGUAAAGUCCUAUCUGGGUCGGUGUUUUCCUGGGUGAAGCCGCGGGGAUCUCCAGCAGCCGCAGCGGCCAUGGCAGGGGGACGGACAGCUGUCGGGCUGCUCGUCCUGGUGUGUGUGAGCGUCCACCGCGUUGCCUCCUUCAACCUGGACGUGGAUAAACCCUUCGUCUACACCGGACCCGAGAGAAGCUACUUCGGCUUCUCGGUGGACUUCUUUAAAUCCGCAUCCAACCAAAACUCCGACGUCCUCAUCGGAGCGCCCCGAGCCAACACAUCGUCCAGGAGCACCGUGGUGGAGAGGGGAGCUGUGUACAGUUGUCCCUGGAAGGACUCUGCCAGCUGCCAGCAGCUGCUGUUCGACGACAAAGAUGACCGAAUUAAAGAUGGCAAUCAGAUCGAGUUUAAGUCCAAGCAGUGGUUUGGUGCCUCAGUGCGAUCUGAUGGAGAACACAUCCUGGCCUGCGCUCCCCUGUACCAGUGGUCCACCUUCGGCUUCAGCGAGAGGGAGCCUGUGGGAACGUGUUACCUGAAGAAAGGAGACACAGUGGUGGAAUACUCACCCUGCAGAUCCAGUUCCCACACUCCAGAAGGACAGGGUUUCUGCCAGGCUGGCUUCAGUGCAGACUUUGUUAAGAAAAGUAAGAGAGUUGUGGUGGGAGGACCAGGCAGCUUCUACUGGCAGGGCCAGUUGAUUUCAGACAACAUCGACGAGAUUUUAAAACGCUUCAACAACGACUACAUCACGCCGUACGGAACCACACUUUCCACCAAAUCGGCCGGUGCCCAGUAUGACGACAGCUACCUCGGAUACUCUGUGACGGUCGGGGAUUUCAACGAGGAUGGGAAGGAAGAUUAUGUGACUGGAGUACCGAGGGGGGACAAGGCACUGGGUUAUGUGAACAUCUUCAAUGGGGCCAACAUGGAGUCCAUGAUUAACUUCACCGGCUCGCAGUUGGCUGCCUACUUUGGAUAUUCAGUAGCUGCCUCUGAUGUUAACAGCGAUGGGUUUGUGGACGUGUUGAUUGGAGCUCCCCUCUUCAUGGACCGAGGCUCGGAUGGGAAACUGAGGGAGGUGGGACAGGUGUCCGUUUACCUGAGCCGAGGCGGCUUCUCCUUUCAGCCGCCGCAGCUGCUGACUGGAGCGGAGGUUUACGCCAGAUACGGCUCAGCCAUCGCAGCGCUGGGGGACCUGGACAGGGACGGGUACAACGACGUGGCCAUCUCUGCUCCCUACGGAGGCCCGGACCACAACGGCCUGGUCUACAUCCACAACGGCCACGCCUCGGGGAUCGAGUCCACAGCCUCUCAGGUCCUGCAGGGUAAAUGGGCGUCCAGCUACAUGCCUGCUAGCUUUGGCUAUUCCAUGACAGGAAGUACAGACAUAGACCAGAACGGAUAUCCAGAUUUGGUAGUUGGAGCAUUUGGAGCGGACAAAGCUGUUUUAUACAGAGCUCGUCCAGUGAUCAGUGUGAACGCUACAUUAGACAUAAGCCCCCAGAUCAUCAACCCAGAGGAGAAGAGCUGCACCAUUCCUCAAACCAACACCAAGGUGUCAUGUUUUAAAGUGAAGUACUGUCUGGCAGCCGGCGGGUUUGGAGCUCCAUCCUCUCUGAGUUUCCGUGUGGACCUCACGCUGGAUCGCCUGAAGCAGAAGGAGGCGACCAAACGGGCCCUCUUCCUCCACAGUGCAACCUACCAGUACUCUAAGAACAUGACGGUGAACAGCAACAGGCGGCUGGCCUGCGAGGAGCAGGAAGUCUACUUAAGGGACGACCGUGAGUUUCGGGAUAAGAUCACUCCCAUCUCCGUGGCGAUGGAGUACAGUCUGGACUACCAGCUGGCUGCAGAUCAGACCGGACUGCUGCCCAUCGUCAACAUCUGGGCACCAACUAACGUCACCAAGCAGGCUCACAUUCUGCUGGAUUGCGGCGAAGACAACAUCUGCAAACCUGACCUCAAGCUGUCGGUGAAGAGCGACCGGGAGAAGAUCUACAUCGGCGACGACAACGCCCUCACCCUGAUGGUCACGGCUGAGAACAGGGGCGAGGGCGCCUACGAGGCCGAGCUGCACGUUUACCCGCCUCAACAGGCCGACUUCACCGGGGUGGUCCGCAGUCAGACUCUCUCCAGGCUCUCCUGUGCGUACAAGAAGGAGAACGAGACCAAGAUGGUGGUAUGUGACCUGGGAAACCCCAUGAAGAAAGACACUACGAUCCUGGCGGAGUUGGGGUUCAGCGUACACCAGCUGUCGGAGGAGGACACCUCCAUCAAAUUCGACCUCCAGAUCGUCAGCUCUAACCAGUUUCAAAACACCAGUCCUCGAGUGUCCAGCGUCACGCAGCUGGACAUCCUGGCUAAAGCCUCCAUCAGAGGGUCGUCGUCUCCCUCUCAGGUGCUGCUGCCCAUCGCCAACUGGAAGCCCAAGAACCCCCCGGUGCUCGGAGACGACAUCGGGCCGCAGAUUCUUCACGUUUACGAGCUGCUGAACAACGGGCCCAGUACGUUCAGCAAGGCGUCGCUGGAGGUGGAAUGGCCGUAUCACUUCAGGAACGGCUCUCUGCUCUACAUCACCAGCUUUGAGACCGAGGGGCCCAUCAACUGCACCACAGACGUGGAGAUCAACCCACUCAACGUCUCUAACCCGCUGGCGACCCAGAAGAACAUCAGCGUCAUCAGAGACCGAGAGAUGGAGGGAGGAAACCCAAGACGUGUGAGGAAGAGAGACCUGGAGGCCAGAGAGACACAAAACGACCUGCAGAUACUGGACUGCAACACAGCCCAGUGCCUGAAGCUGAGGUGUCAGGUCGGCCGUCUGGAGAGGACCAAGAACGCCAUCCUGUUCAUCUACUCCAGACUGGACGUCAACAACUUCCUCAGGACUGAGAAUCAGAAUCGCUCCUACGUGGUUCGAUCGACAGCCUCGUUUGAAGUCAUCGAGAUGCCGUAUAAGAACCUGCAGACCGAGCUGCCGGCGAACUCCACCACUGUCAGCGUGUCGGUGACGUGGGUGGCUGACUCGGCCCAGCCGGUACCAGGCUGGGUGGUCGCUCUGGCGGUACUCGCAGGACUGCUGCUGCUGGCUUUGCUCAUCUUCAUUAUGUACAAGCUGGGUUUCUUUAAGAGAGUGCGCCCCCCGCAGGUGGACUGCACCGAGAAGGAGCAGCUGCAACCGGAGGAGAACGGGAACACUGACGCUUAGAGGCCGAGAUUUUAAAGACGGGGGGAGAAAGAGAGAGAGAGAGAAAGUUAAGGAGAGAAGAAAUCAGGGUAAACCAGCCUCAGAGAGAAUCACUGUAAUGACUGUUUGGGGGAAGGACAGGUAACUGUAUUUGUUUGGCUUGUUUUAAAAUGUCUUUUAUUUUUUUAAAUCAUAUUGCAUUCGUGCCAAAACAGAAGCUGGAAAACACUGGUCCCAGAUAAAAAAAAAAAAAAAAACUCUCAACGCUUCAAACCCGCUCGUUUUUAAAAGUUUAAGGAUCAUUUCGUCUCGUUGUGCAGCUUCACAUCCGCCGACACUGAAGCACUUACCUAACGACUUCUUUAGACCCGCCGUGGAACCGUGUUGCGCUCCCUCCCUGUGGUCCUCUGACAUUUAAACUGACACGUACGAAACACUCCCAGCAUGCACAGGGAGCCGGACAGCUCAAAAACCUGAGCUGUCCGUCAGGUUUUUUGGCCUUUCAACAGAUUUGCACAUUUCUUCUUUUCUGUUCAGUUUUUUGUUUGUUUUUGCUUAGUCGCUGCAUUAAACAGGCAACCAGCUGAUUGGUCUGAAGCCUUGAAGUCCAGAACUGCUGAUGCAUAAAGAAAAGUGCAGUAGUUGAUGGAGGAAGUGUAGCAGUAGAGCCAGUAUUAACAACUGUAAGUACUGGAGUCACCUGAUUGAAUUAGGACCAACAGCAGCAAUAAAACAACAACAUGGAUUGAGAAAACUUUAGAUUCUUGAACAUUUUUGGAUAAAGAUGAACUAUUUGCUCUGAGAGGAGACGAUCAGAGUGUCGCAGUAAUAUAUAUGUUUCUCUCCUGCUUUCUGUGGGUGUUUGGUAACAGACUUUUGUAUGUUGGGUUCUGCUUUGGGUGGUGGGGGGAGUGUGGGAGUGUUUGCAGGGUUUUCUUGUGUGUUUAAAUGCAUUUUGUACAAAACAUUAAUGGUGAUUUACAAUAGUGGGUCCAGCUCUGUUUAACACAAUCAAGAAACUGUUUUCUCUGACCUUUGAUCACUUGGUUAAACCCCGGACCUGAGGAAGACGGUUUCAGAAUACAUCCUGACCCCUGGAGGCCAAUACGUGUUACUACACUACAAGUAUUUUCUUUUUUUCAGCCUUUAUGUAGCUAAAAAAAAAACACAACAAUGAACAGCUACUCAUUAAUUCUGUUAUUUGAUGCUAUGCAGAUGAGUUUGCGUUAAAUACAUCGGAAUGCUAACGUUAUUAGCAGCGAUACCUAUCGUUACUUGCUAGUGGAAGUAAAUGCUACCGUUAUUAGCAUUUGGAGGCAUUUAGCGACCCUCCUACUGCUGCAGAUAAUAAGCAGGGAUUUUGUAGUUUAUUUUAAUGUCAUUAAAAUGAAGUAGUUUUGUUCUGACAAAGAUAAAAUGGAUUCUCUGUGGAAAAAAAUAUAUGUAUUAGUCUAAAUUUUUAAUUGCAUGAAGUCAGAGAAUCAAACUAAAAGCACAUUUUUAUGCUAAGCAGUACAGAAUAAUACCCUUCAAUUUAUUGAUGGAAUGUAUUGAUCCUCUUAGAGAGAAAAUAGUCAAUAAUACAAAAAACAAGCGUUUGUUACACUCCUUUGUGGCUUUUUAGCUGUUGCUAACAGCCAUAGCAACUGUAGCUAAGGGGCGGGGUUUAAUCCGUGGUCACUUGUUACUUUCCUGCCAUUUCCUGCACUGAAGCCUCUUUUUUUUUUCUUUUCUUUGUUCAUUUUCUUGUAGUUUUUCCGCAGAUUUCAAACUGGUGACUGGCAGCUUCGCUACAAACUUAAAAAGACAAAAAUGGGCUGGUUGCUAUUUUCUAAUGACUCUGAUCUUACUUGUGUUAUGUGUGUUUAUGUAUUUAAAAGAAAAGGAACAAAAACUUGUUUUUUUUUUUUUUUUUUUUGCUAUUUGCCCAUAUUGGGUUUGCGUAUUUUGAUGACUUCAUUUCAACGGCGGGCGAGAGCACAAAACACCUUCAAAACAAUAAAAGUUACAUUGUUGCUUUUCCACACUGGUUGGAUUUCUGUUCAAGAUAAAACCUGAACAUUACAUCAUGUUUACCCACUCAGACCCAAUCAUGGACCUAUACCUGCUGUAAAUAGGGUCACUCAUCCUAAACAUACCAUAAUAUUUCUCUCAUCUUACUUUCUACAGUCUUAGCCAGGCUAGCUAGCUACGUAGCAUAUGAGGCUACGUUUGCUAACAUUAGCUUCCUGGUUCGAAUCCCUGUAAAGCCUUUGAAACUUUGAACAGAUUUAAAUUUAAACUAGGCAGUUUGGACAACUGUACUUUUAAAAUUAGAGUUGUGUCUCUUUAUUAGACUAAAAUUAUUAAACAGGCCUGGUCAGACUGUUGGUUAAUAUAUAGAUAUAUAUUUUCCUUUCCGAUCAAACUCUCAUCAGUAUGAAUGAUACGCUAAUGUAGAUUUUCUGUUUUCAGGAUGGACUAAUAAUAAACCAACUAACUUUAGUGAUUGUUAAAGUCAUGAGUUUUAAUUUAUUCUAGAUUUGCUCCCAAAUCUAGAAUAAACACGGGGCGAAACGUGUCCAACCAGCCACAUGGUGUCACUGACACAGAUCUGCCUCUUUAAAAAUAGUCGAGAUGUUGUCAGCUGGAUCAGUCCACAAGAUUUUAUAUUAGCCUGUUUCUUCUGUUGCAGGGAGGAAAAAAAUUAAAUAAAAGAUUGCACUGCAAAAUCACAAAAUCUCGUUUAUAGUGAACAUAUCUUAUCACAUUUCAAAUAAUUUUAUUGACAUAAAACAUAUGGUUUGUAGUCAAUAAUCCUUUAUGUUGAUGGAAAAAGUACUAGUUCUACUAGUAAUAACGGUACAUUAUUUCACUUAUAAUAUAAGACAUUCUUCCCAAGUUAUAAGUGAAAUAAUGCACCAAUAGAAGCAGAAUUUUCUCAUUAAUAUUAAGGUUUAUUGACUCAAAAGAAGCUCCUACUUCUUUGCAAUAAUGUAUUUAUAUGAUAGUGCACUUAAAAUGAGACAAAACUACAACAUUUCCACUGGACCUCGGCGGACUUGAAACGUUGACUUUAGUUUCAAGUAAGUAAAAUGAAAAGAAAGUGAAAAUGUUGUAGAUUCUUGUUUAUUCUCUAAAAGUUCAAAACUUAAAUAUGAGCUUUUAUUUUCUGAAACAGGGAAGUUAUUGUAUUCAUUUAUUUAGAUGAUGACCUGGAGAGCUUUUCCACCUUUUUGAUAAUUUGUAAAAAAUAAUCAAUACUCAUAAAAAAAUAAAAAAGAAAGAAAUGGCAUUUUGGGGCUUUUAUGAGCUUUUAAUUCUGGAUGUUUAAAAAGCAUUGAAAUGUAAAUUUUGAGGUAAAUUCUUUGAAAUAGAUGUACCACUAAUCACAAACUGUAAUUUAGGAGAUCAGUGCUUUUAUCUAGAAUAAACCAAUCUGGAUUUUAUUUUAUUUUUUUCCUAUUUUUAUUCCAGAUUUUAACAAAUUUCUCUCUAGACACCAAAAGGAAAAAGUUAAUUAUGCAGUAACAUUUAUCACACCAUUGAAUUGUAAACCAAAACAACCACUUUGUAGUUGUGUGAUUUGUGACAAUAGAUCCAUAAUAGCAUGAAAUAGUAAUAUAACUUUAACACAAUUACCCAUAAUGUUAUCAAAAACCGAAGGCAGCGUGUAGGAAACUGAUGUGUUAAUGAGAGGAAACCAACCAUAAAGUCACAUUUACACAAGUCUUGUUUUUGUUUUGGUAUCAUUCCACCCUGGAAAAAAUAAUAUCUUAACAUCCUGACACUGAUGCCUGUGAGGGGAUUACAAACUGCAGAGAAACUUUUACUUUUUGUAGGUGAAAGAGUCACAAAUAAUACAACGAUUUGAUUGGUCGACGGGGAUCUUAAAGGACUUCCUGCUGGUACCCGUCUUGACUUGAGAGGCUAAAUCUGCACAAAAACGUUCAUGUGGCACAUUUCAAAACUGCUUUGAAUCGAGUCACUUUGUUCAUGAUAAAUGACGGGUUUCGAAGGUCUGCGGUUGUUGAUGGCUGAUCUCACAUUCAGUCUGAACCACCUGCAGAUCUUUAAGUCACGUCUUGAUUCUCUGGUCUGUAGUUUUGACAUUUGAAUCCGAACACGGUUAAGAUUUCUAUAAAAAAAAUAAAAUUAUGCAAAAUGUAGAGAAUCUAAAAGCAGCACCAGACUCUGUGAACUGACUCCAGAACUGCGUUUCUUUUUUGAUGUAUUUAAUACCACUCUGUUUUCCGUUUCACUCUGUUUUAAAUGUUGACUUAUUUUUUUUUUUUUUGAUGUAUGUAUUCUUACACUUAGAGAGUAAAUAUUAACAAUUUCUAAAAAACAAAAUUUUAAAAAUGAGAUGAUGUCACUUUUGGGAUGAAAUAAACAGAUUUGUUCACA